AUGUCCGGCCCUGAGCCCCAGCAGCUUGCUCCCUGGGGCGCUCAGGUCCAACCCCGGAGCUUGGGCUCCUGUCCCGUGGCUGAGUCCCCAGUGCUCCCGCGCCGCCUAGCGCAGGGACGCCCGGAGUCCUCCUUUUCUAUCGAGGCCAUCCUGGCGAGACCCGGGGCCCCUGACAGAACGGCCACCCCUCUGCCGCUCUGUACCUGCACGAGUCUGAACCUCACCUCGGCGUCGCAGCACUCGGUCCCGCCCUGGGUGUGCUCCGCAGCGACUUGGCUGCCCGCCUACCUGAGCCUGGGCGUCUACCCGCUGUGCACCGUGCCCUGCGCGCCCGCACCGAAUGGGGCUCACCUCUUCUGUCAUCAGGGCCUCAGCCUCACAGGCUCGGAGUUGCCUCACUGUCCAGGCCUCUGGAGCCCUGUGGACUGGGCAGCUACCAUGACCCAUCAGGACACCGAGAGACACCGAAAGAGGCCCCCCAGGAUGUUUAAUUUGCAGCAGCUGGAAGAGUUGGAGAGAGCGUUUGCAGAGCAGCACAGCCUGGUGGGGCAGAGGAGAGCCCAGCUGGCUGCCAGGCUGCACUUGACAGAGAACCAGGUGAAGAUCUGGUUCCAAAACCGCAGGGUGAAGUAUCGGAAGCAGCAAAAACGGAAAUCGCCUUCCUCCUCUGCCAUGCAAGAGCCCUCCAGCAGCUCAGAUGGCAACAUCCAGAGUGAAGGUCAGGAGUUGGCAGUUAAGGACUGA